AAAGAAAAUUAAGGAAAAUGAUACGAAAAAACAAAUUUUAGGGAUGGAUGAUGAAUGAUCGAAGGGUCAUGGGUGAUGAAUGAUGAUGAUCCAAGGGUCACAAUGUCUCACAACAAAACGAUGCCAAGCCUCUUUCUGAAUCGGAGGGUUACGACUUUUGUAUGUGUAAUUAAUUAGAUACAUGAACGAGAACAAACAAACUCUUUAGGAAUGAAUACAAAUUCUUAAGGAAAAAUGAGAUUUACACCUUUUCACCAUUUCAAUGGAUUCUCUUUAUAAACCCUCUCUAAUCACAUAGAUAACAUCACACAUCACCACACAUAUCGAAAACAAACAAAAAAUCAGUAAUGGCUUCUCCUUUGUAUCCGUCUAACAAUCCUUCAUCUUCAAUUGUGGUGACACGAGACGAGUUCAAUGCUUUUCACACAAUCGACAGAACCUUGUUCAGUCGUCUUGUCUUCCAUCUAAACCGAGACGUGGACCAGUCGUUUCUAGCGAUGUGUUUUCUCUUGUUGCUCGAGCAAUCUGGUUACGCCCGUGACGUUAUCGCCUAUCUUGUCUCGUUGCCAGACGCUUUCGUUGACGCGGUGGCUAACGAGAUCGGUGUGUGUAUAAAUUUGUUAUACAACCUAGAUUUCGCAUCUACGUUCUUCGCUGCUAGCAAUGAUGAUAAUUCCAUUAUACCUUUGCUCUUAAGUAUGACUGGAGGGAAGUUAACUCUCAGAUUAAUCAAUCAAGACCGCGAAAUUUUUCGUGUUGGAGUGUCAAAGAAUUGGACCGAUGUUGGCACUCGAGCUUUCACAGAUUUAUGCGAGAGAGCUCACAUGAUCAACAGGGAGAAACUUCUGGCUUUAGAGAGAGAGAAAUUUAUUGAGGACAUGAAGAGGCUCAGGUUGAGUCUUCAACAAGAAAACCCUAACAGGUUGAGUGUUCAACAAGUAAAAAUUGCGUCUCCUCCUCCUCCUCGUCCGGUUGAAGACGAAACAAACAAGUUCCAUAAAGAGAAAGAGAUAAUGGAGGCAAAAGAGAAGGAAGCGGUGGUGGCGGCAGAUGAUCGGACGGUUUUCCUGACGUUUUCAAAAGGGUACCCGAUUUCGGAAGCGGAAGUUAGGGUUUACUUUACGAGGAGGUUUGGGGAAGUGAUAGAAGCGGUAGAGAUGCAGGAAGUUGAAGCAAAUGAGCAGCCGUUGUUUGCGAAGAUGGUGUUGAAACUUCAGUGUGCGUCGAUGAUGGACCAGAUUGUGAGUGCAAGGUCUAGAAACAAGUUCACCAUCGAUGGCAAACAUGUUUGGGCUCGUAAGUACGUUCGCAAGAUCCCUUACCCAGCUUCAUCCUCUACUCAUAUUUGAGUGUCUCUGAACUUUUUAUUUACAUGUUGUUGAUGUUGUUGUUUUUCAAUAAAAUUGUGCCGUCUAUCUUAUUAUUGUGCUACACAUUAAUAUAUGUUUAAGUUGGCGAUUAAAAUUAUUGUUUUCUUAGGUCUUUUGGGAGUACUUUUGUUCAAGGUUUUUUUUAUUAUAGUUAGUCAAGUAAUCUUGUAGAUAUUGGCCAACAUCCUCCAUGCACACCGGCUCUCCGAAUCUUUUUAGCUGAGAUCAUGUUAAUUCGAAUUUGUGUUAAAUAAUUAAUUUAAUUAUAAAAUCUAAAUAGUCCUUUCAGUUUUAAAAAAUGUACGUAAAUUUAUAUGUUGUAUAUCAAAUAUGCCACACUUAGAUAAAAAUGAUUA